UUGGGUCUAAGAACUUGUCAUCUCUCAGAGAGUCUCCAGUUUCAUAUGACAAGCCGGCAAAUCCCUUGACCAGGUAGGAUCAGAAUUUACGAAUAUCCCAAAGAAAAGAGACAACUUGGGUCUGGUAUUGGCAACAAUUAUUUCAAUGAAUCGGAGGAAAGUUGGGUCUGAUCUUGGGUGAGUGAGGAUGUCCCAAGCUGAAGUGUCCUAUAGCUGUGGGUCUUGUGCAUACCCUCUGAACUUGUCAUCUUUAAAUCGUUUGACCUCUGGUUCUGGCAUUGGCUCUGAGUAUCAAAAGUCCGUCAAGAAAGGUUUUAUUUCAUUCCUCACAGUUGAUCUUAGUCGGUUCACGCAGGUUGAUGAGGUAAACUGUUUUCCUGUCUCUUGGGGUCGUUAUCGUUCAAAGACUAAACUCCUCUGCCGUAAAUGUGGGGUUCAUAUUGGUUAUGGUUAUGGAGACUCUUCUGUUCUUUGUGGUUUUGACUCUCCCAACUCAUCUACUUCAGCUUACAGAAAGUUCACUGUAAAAAUACGAGCUCUACAGCCUUCUGAAGAGUGCUAAGAUGCAACCUACUUGUAG